AUGACUUCCGAAGCAACUGUGAAGGACGGCGUGUGCGGCUGGUCGGAGGAGGAGGACGGUAACCGCUCGGAGAUGACGGCGGAAAGGGAGCCGGAGGAGAAACGCGAGGGAGCCAGGAGCCGUCAUCCGUUCAGCGUGGAGGCCCUCAUGUCCGGGAACAGGACACACCGGCACGGCCCCCAGCGCACCGCGUUCGCCGCCGGGAACACGGUGCGGAGAUCGACGGCCGAGCCGAGCUCCCCGUACCCGCGCCCCGAGAGACACGCCACUCCCGACGGAGACGCGGAACUGACGGAGAACGUCCCGACGUCGCCGGUCAAGUCCGAGACGGAGUCAGACGAAUAUGCGCCGUGGCUCCUGAACGGCGCUUUCCCACCGCAGCCUCGUCAAGUGAGCGCCAACUGUCCGCUGAGGAAACACAAGACCAACCGUAAACCUCGCACGCCCUUCACCACGUCCCAGCUCAUGGCCCUGGAGAGGAAGUUCCGCCAGAAGCAGUACUUGUCCAUCGCCGAGCGUGCUGAGUUCUCCUCCUCCUUGACCUUGACGGAGACCCAGGUGAAGAUAUGGUUUCAGAAUCGCCGGGCCAAAGCCAAGAGGCUCCAAGAGGCUGAGCUAGAGAAACUCAAAAUGGCCACAGAUGCCAAGACUGUGGCGGUGGCGGCGGCGGCGGCGGCUGGAGCCUUACCCCACAGCUUUACAUUACCGCUGCCCCUCGGCGCCAUGAGCCUGUACGGACAGACCUACUCAGCCUACCACCACCACAGGCCCAUCCUGCCCCUGUCCCCCUUAGGACUCUAUGCCACUCCUCUGGGCUACAGUAUGUACCAUUUAUCUUAA